GGAGGAAAGGGCAGCAAUGGUGGAGGCUUUCUGUGCUACCUGGAAGCUGACAGACAGUCAGAACUUUGAUGAGUACAUGAAGGCUUUAGGUGUGGGCUUUGCUGUUAGGCAGGUGGGGAAUGUGACUAAACCCACAGUUAUCAUAAGCCAGGAGGGGGACAAAGUGGUGAUCAGAACUCAAAGCACAUUCAAGAACACAGAGAUCAGUUUCCAUCUGGGAGAAGAGUUUGAUGAAACAACUGCAGAUGACAGAAACUGUAAGUCUGUUGUAAGUUUGGAUGGAGACAAACUCAUUCAUGUACAGAAAUGGGACGGCAAAGAAACAAAUUUUGUAAGAGAAAUUAAGGAUGGCAAAAUGGUUAUGACUCUGACUUUUGGUGAUGUGGUUGCUGUUCGCCACUAUGAGAAGGCAUAG